ACAAUUAAUAUCUUUCGGUUUAAUUAGUUUUUUUCCUUGUUUUCUUCUUGUUCAAAAUUCAAGUUUUAAAUAACUUGAAGCUGUUUUCACUUAAAAAUUUUUUGCAAAAUUAUUUGUAUUUAAACAAGUUUUAAUUCGAGUGAAAGUUUAAAAUAAUGAAUUUAUUAUACUCAAAUAGAAUACUGAAAAAAGUUUUUUCCACAUUAUUAUUAUUCAUCAUAUGUGGAAUAUUGAAUUGUGGUGGCCAAGAAAUAUUGGAAGAAUGCACUUUGAUGUCUAAUGGUUCACCAGGCACAUGCAAACCUUUAAAUGAAUGUAUUGUGGUUCGACAAGAAAUAAAGUCAGGAAACAGAAAUUAUACACUUUGCAAACGCAGAGGUAUGGUAUCAUAUGUUUGUUGUCCACUACCAGUAAUGGACAUAACCGAUAGAACAGGCGAAACAAAUUCCAUGAGAAUUGCUGACAUAAAAUGUAAGGAAUAUGCUGAAGCAGUAUUUGAAAAGCGAAUUUCUAAUGUUAUGCUACCAGGUCCCCAUAACUAUAUACAAUAUGAUACGUGUGGGGCCAAAAGUAUUCCUUUAAUUGUUGGUGGAGAAUUAGCAGCUCCACGUGAAUUUCCGCAUAUGGCAUUAAUUGGUUAUUUUAACAAAGAAACGGACAAAAAAGACUGGAUGUGCGGCGGUACUUUAAUAAGUGAAAGAUUUGUUCUUACUGCUGCUCAUUGCACCGAUUCGUCUGACGGGAAACCAAAAUACAUUCGGUUGGGCGAGUUGAACGUAGAUCUCCAUCAUGAUCAUGAUGAUCCAGAAGAUUUUGAUAUAGCUGAAAUCAUUCCUCAUCCUAGUUAUAACAAAAGCUCUUUAUAUAAUGACAUUGCUUUAAUUAAAUUAGAUCGUGAUGUUGAAAUUAACCGUUAUAAGAGACCUGCAUGUUUAGCAAAACAAAAAGAAAGUAAUACAAAAAAAGCAAUCGCAACUGGUUGGGGUUUAACAUCUUGGGCAGGAGAAAAAUCAAGUUUUUUACAAAAAGUUACAUUGGAAAAAUUUGAGGAAACAUAUUGUCAGGCAGUCUACCAUCAAUUUCGUACUGAUUAUUCAUUAAAUAACAAAGUUAUUGAUUAUGACAUUCAGAUAUGUGCUGGAUCAAAAACGGAAACAAGGGAUACUUGUCAAGGCGACUCUGGUGGACCAUUACAAAUAUUCGCAAAUGAAUAUUGCAUGUAUGAAAUAAUAGGAAUCACAUCACGUGGAAUUAUUUGUGGUAGAAAAGGUGUUCCCGGUAUUUAUACCAGAGUUUUUCCUUAUAUCAGCUGGAUUGAGGACAUUGUCUGGAAAGCACCCAAGUUCUUAGAGAACCAGCCGUGUACGAUAAAUAUAACAAAUCAAAAAGGAGAGUGCAAAUUUCUUCAAAAUUGUCCAAUAGUAUUUCAUGCUGUUAGAAAAGGAAAAUUAGAUUUCACUAGAUGUCCUAUUGAGUCUAAAAAACUAAUCGUAUGUUGUCCAGUCAAAAAUGUCGCUCCAGAACCAAGCCCUAUACCUGCGACCAUAGAAGAUCAAAAUCAAUUAAGAAUACAUCAGAAAAAAUGUCAUGAAUAUCAAGAUGCAGUUUAUGAUCGAACUCAUUCAGUUUCGUUGCUCCCAGGUAGUAGACCAAAUAAAAUUGAUCGAUGUGGUUUUAAGACUGUUGAAUUAAUUAUUGGUGGAACAGAUGCAAAAACGCGUGAAUUUCCGCAUAUGGCCCUUUUAGGUUUUACCAAUGGAAAUGAAAUACGUUGGGAGUGUGGUGGAUCAUUAAUAAGUGAAAGAUUUAUCUUAACAGCGGCACAUUGCAUGAAAACAAGACUUCGUGAUCCAAAAAUUAUAAGAGUUGGUGAUUUAAACAUUAAUUCUAAUGAUGACGAAGCAGAUCCAGUAGAUAUUAAAAUUGAACAAAUUUUCCUUCAUCCAAACUAUAAACCAAAAUUCAGAAAUCAUGAUAUAGCUCUUAUAAAAUUAUCUAAAAAUGUUAUUAUAGACACAUAUAAACGACCAGCAUGCUUGCCAACAUUACCUGAUCCUAAGUCUGAUAAAGCAAUCGCUUCUGGAUGGGGUUACAAUGAUUCAAUAAAUACAGAAGGAGUAGAUCAUUUACAAAAAGUAACACUUGAAAAAUUUUCAGAAGAUGAAUGUAAAAAAAUAUAUUCAAUGGAAUCUGGUUUAAAUCGUGCUUAUGAAAUUUCUUACAAAAGACAGAUAUGUGUUGGAUCAAGAAAUUCUACAAAAGAUACAUGCCAAGGGGACUCUGGUGGUCCAUUACAAAUUUUACAUUCGAAGGAAUAUUGUAUGUGGGAAAUAAUAGGUAUUACAUCAUUCGGUGCGGGUUGUGGUACACCUGAAAUACCAGGAGUUUAUACGAGAGUUUAUAAUUAUAUUGAUUGGAUUGAAAGUAUUGUAUGGAGUUAGACAUAUUAUUGAAUACUCAAAAGAAGUAUAUUAUAUUUUAUUAUAAUUUAUAGAAUUUAAAUUACUGAAUUAAACAUAUUAUUUUUACAA